AUGAGUGUGACUUUUGACCAACUGAUGCUACAUUUAAAGCAAGUUAUUCAUCUAAAGCUGCAUACACCAAAGAAUUGGCAAACACCUAUGUGGAUAGGAAAUAAUCUUCAUGAAUACUUAGAAAAUCUACAUGAACAUUCUCCAAGUGUAUGCAAGCCUUUGAAUGAAUCUGAAGAAAAACUCUAUAUCAACAAUGAAAAAAUUGUUUUUUAUAAUGAUUAUUUAUUUUAUAGAGAAUAA